AGAGAGAGGAUGGCUGGAGAAGAGGGAACUACGUUGGAGUACACGCCGACGUGGGUGGUCGCCGUUGUUUGCACCGUGAUAGUCGUGAUCUCUCUGGCUGUCGAGCGGUUUAUCCAUUAUGCCGGCAAGUAUCUUAAGAAGAGGAACCAGAAGCCGCUCUUCGAGGCCUUACAGAAAAUAAAAGAAGAGCUGAUGCUGUUGGGUUUCAUAUCGCUCCUGCUUGCCGUGUUCCAAGUUAGGAUAGGCAAGAUCUGCAUUUCGGAAAAGCUCGCAAACAAGUGGCUACCUUGCAAGAAGGAAGCCCCCGCCGAGGGCAGCGGCACCACUGCUCACUUCCUGACUAGUUUCUUUCCUUCCGGAGGACGCCACCUUCUCGCCGAAGCUUCAGCUUCAGCUUCCACUGACUACUGCAGUAGCAAGGGGAAGGUGCCGUUGCUGUCUCUCACAGCGCUUCAUCAUCUGCACAUUUUCAUCUUUGUGCUGGCUGUCGUGCACGUGGUUUUCUGCGUUCUAACCAUCCUAUGCGGAGGAGCACAGAUACGCCUGUGGAAGCGGUGGGAGGAUGCCAUCCAGAAGAAGGAGUAUGACCCCGAAGAAGCUCUGCGAACGAAGUUCACGAAUGUUCAGGAUCACACCUUCAUCAGAGGCCGUUUUCUUGGCAUUGGCAAGAACUUAUCUGUACUUGGCUGGGUGCAUUCGUUUUUCAAGCAGUUCUAUGGUUCCGUGACCAAGUCGGAUUAUACCACGCUUCGCUUGGGUUUCAUCAUGGCUCAUUGCAGAGGCAAUCCAAAAUUCAAUUUCCACAAGUACAUGAUACGUGCCCUGGAGGCCGAUUUCAAGAAAGUUGUCGGAAUAAGUUGGUACCUUUGGUUAUUCGUCGUGAUCUUCUUGCUGCUCAAUGUCGCCGGUUGGCACGCGUACUUCUGGAUAUCUUUCAUCCCGUUGAUUGUAAGUAAACGGAAAUCUCGAGUUAAUAUGGCAGAAGGUUUCUCGUCUAAAUGGCUUAUUGCUUCUGUGCAGCUUUUGCUCGCGGUUGGAACCAAACUGGAGCAUGUGAUAACUCAGUUGGCGCAGGAGGUUGCCCAGAGGCAUGCAGCGAUUGCAGGGGACUUGGUGGUCCAGCCUUCCGACGACCAUUUUUGGUUCCACCGGCCUCGGCUCGUCCUCGUCCUGAUUCACAUCAUCCUUUUCCAAAACUCUUUUGAACUGGCUUUCUUCUUCUUCAUAUUGCUCCAAUAUAAAUUCAGCUCCUGCAUAAUGGGUGAGGUCGGUUAUAUCAUCCCGAGACUUGUCAUCGGAGUUUUUGUCCAGUUCCUCUGUAGUUACAGCACACUACCUCUAUAUGCAAUCGUAACGCAGAUGGGGACUUCGUUCAAGAAGGCGAUAUUCGACGAUGACAUACAUGAGGGGCUCGUCGGCUGGGCACAGCACGCGAAAAGGAACAGGAAUUUAAGAAAAGCAACCGCCGAUGGGUCUAGUACUCAAACGGGUUCCAAAGAGGGAUCGGUAGGAGUUGCGCUGACAAAAAAUGGUGGAGACGGUACAGAGAUGAGAGAUGUCGAAGUGCAAGAGAUCAGGCGAUUUCCAUCUCCACUAUCCACAACCUCCGAGACGCAGAGACUGAUGAAGCCGUGAAGUUAGAUCUUCUCAAACUUGACUUUCACAAACAACCAAUCAAGAAGAGCGAGCAAGACAGUUCUGUACAAUAUUUCAUCAUCUGCAUGAGUUCAGGAUUUUUUUUUUGUUUUCGUCUCGAAUCAUCAUCAGUCGACAUA